GUAGCUCACAGCCCGGAAAGCCCCAGCUGUGGAGGAGCUCAGGGUUUAAGAAAGCUGUUGAAAUCUCCGGUGCGACGCCAAGCUCACCGUCCCAAAUGACCAAUGUAUUUACGAGCAUGACUUGCUCUUUGCUACACAAGCUCUACUCUUUAACUUUCGGUUUUGUUUUAAAACUCGUCAGAAGAAAGAGAAACCAUUUCGGUGAAAAUCUCUAAGGUACGCAGAACCAGGAAGCACGAACAGUAUCCCGCUCUGCAAAAGUAAAGAAAAAGGGACUAUUCUUACUAUUCUGCACUGCACUGCGGCGAUGGGCUCAAAGGAAGGUAUGGACACUUCACUUCCAAAUGGGAGAAAUAACUUUCGAGAUGAAACCCUGAGCCCAGAGGAUCAAGCGCAGCUUGAAGCGUUGUUGGAGGAACUGGACAAGUGGAAGCAAAAGCAUGAGAGGGCAGACACGGAAAAGUCCAGGCUGCUGCUGGAAAAACUGGACACCGAGGAGCAGAAGAAGGCAGCCCAGAGCGAGACAAUGGAACUUCUUGCUCAGCUCAAGCACGGAUCUGAUGCAUUUCAAAACAACAGGCGAGCAAUGGAGCAAGAGCUUCAAAAGUUGGAGAAAAGCAACGGUGCACUCAAGGAAAAACUGCUGGAGCAGGAGGAAAUGCUGAAAAUCAAGAGAUCAGAACACGCACGUCUCAAGCAACAGUUUAAGAUAAAAGCGAGUAUUCCUGAAAAGAGUUUUAAAUUCACUGGACAAGCAGAGGAGGGAGACAACCUCCACAUUGAGGGCAAGUUCACCAUCAUACGGAAACCCCUCUUCCUUCUGAGCGGAGGCCAGGCUCUCAUUACCUUUGAGGAAGAAAAAGUUGCAAGCAGAAUCUUAAAAUUAGCCAAAUGCCACGUGGAGUUUGACAACUCGAAGAUGGAUGUGAAGCCCCUGUGUGUGACAAUGGACCCUUCAGUAAAAUUUGAGCUGCACAUCCGAGUUUCGAAGAGGAAGGUCAGAGUUUCCAAUAUUCCACCUGUCGUGCCAGAAGAGACGAUGAGAGACAAGCUGGAGAUAAGCUUCUCCAAGCUGAGCAAGGGAGGAGGGGAGGUGGAGAGUGUGGAUUACAAUGGCAGAUCAGGAACUGGGCUCCUGACGUUCCUCAACGGCGGAGUGGCUGAGCAUUUGGCCCUGAAGAAAAAACACACCGUAGACACAGGUGUCAAGGUGCUUGAGAGCCGUGUCCAGCCGUGCUUCGAGUACGAGUUAAAGAAAUUACAGACGUUCUGCGGCGUCUCAAGGCGCACGGUGCUGCUGAGCGGCCUGCGGGACGAGCUGGAGGAGGAGGACCUGCAGGACAACCUGGAGAUCCACUUCCAGAAGCCCAGCAACUACGGCGGCGAGGUGGAGAGCAUCAAGUACGUCCGCCAGGGCCGCAGCCUGGAGGCGUAUUUCGUGGAGGACACCGCUGAGGCCGAGUAGCGCUGCAGGACUCGAGGGGAAAGCCUUCAUCACCUUUGUCCUGUUAUACUGAAGUAUAUCGUUCGUGUAUUCCUUACCUGUAUGGCUUUGUAAGUACCUUCCCAACGGACUUGUACGUCGUGGCCUUCUAUCGUCACUUAAAAGGAAAUUUGGGUUUACAGGGGUAGCCGGAGACUCUUUUAAAAUGAAGAUUUGUGUAUAAGUUUGCAUGAUAAAAGCUAAGCCUGGGAAUGUAGCUGUUGUUUUCUUUAGUUCAUUUAUGGUCCAUCGAAGUGACGAGCAGUUGCGGGGAAACGGCUGACCCUCUUGUUCUUCACGCGUGAGGUUCUCACUAAGCCAACAUUCAAAACUGAAGCCUUAAACAAGUACGAAGAAAUUCACAUUUUUGAAGUUGUCGUUUAUGUUUCAUGCCUCUUUUUGGGAUAUUUUUCUGUAUUUUAAAGGUUGGAUAAUUUUUGGGAUAGAAACCUUAUUGAGUUUGGAUACAUAAAAAUUCUUUAUUCCCAUGAACAGACUUGGAACUGAAACAUGCCUCCUUAAAAAUCUUUCAACUUUAAUGUUCAUUAUGUUCCUUGAUGUUCUGAAAUCCAUAUUAUUAAUAAAGCUCAAACUGUGCCUUUA